UCUUUGCCUAAAGUGUUUAUGACACUUGGCGCGGAGGUUAUAUCGUAAAUAUGGCGCUCGCCAUUACUUGAGACGCGCUACGCGAAUAUCGACGACGUGACUUUUGGAAUCCGUGUUUCAAACAACGUCGCCGAUUAUCGUCGACUAGCAGAAGAGGUCCAAGAUGCCGUCAGGUCACUGCCGAUGCCGCGCAGCGUCGCAAUUCCAUUCGGCUUGAGGUAAAGCGCGAUGCGACGCGUCGCGACGCAACGACGCUGCACGAUGAGAACCCUGUACAGGAUGCUUUUGAUCCUCGCUAUCUUUGCACUGAUAGUACUGCUUACCGUGUCUUAUAACCUUAAGCAAUACGACCAACCGUCCGCGAGUAGGGAGCGCCUGGCGCUCUCGAGGAAGUUCCCGGCGGGCACAUCCGUGACGAGUGAGGUGACGAUAUGUGUAGUGGUGUGCGGAGACAGGUUGCACGAGGCCCUGACCAUGCUGAAGUCGGCGUUGGUCUUCACCAGCAGGCCGCUGCAAUUUAUAAUACUAGCGGAGCAGAAUCUGAUACCGGCCUUCGAUGAGAAGCUAUCGGAGUGGCGGCUCAUAUCUAAUAAGACGUUCGACUUCCUGGUGCGACCCAUCACCUUCCCGGAUGGCAGCGACGUGGCCAUGUGGAAGAAGUUGUUCAAGCCCUGCGCGGCGCAGCGAUUGUUCCUACCGACUGUGUUGAACGACACGGACGCGGUGCUCUACGUGGACACCGACACCCUGUUUCUGGCACCUCCGGAGAAGAUCUGGGACGAGUUCAAGAGAAUGAACUCCAGCCAACUGGCAGCUCUCAGCCCCGAGCACGAGGACCCCAACACCGGUUGGUAUAAUCGAUUCGCCAAGCAUCCAUAUUACGGCAAACUUGGCGUCAACUCGGGAGUGAUGCUGAUGAAUCUAACGAGAAUGCGGGAGUUCCGCUGGACGGACUAUGUGAUUCCCAUUCACAAAGAGUACAAGCUGAAGAUAACCUGGGGCGACCAGGAUAUCAUCAACAUAAUCUUCCACUAUCACCCGGAGAAGCUGUACGUGUACUCGUGUCGGUACAACUACCGGCCGGACCAUUGCAUGUACAUGUCGGUGUGCGCAGAGGCGGAGAGAGAGGGCGCCUUGGUCCUGCACGGCUCCCGCGGCACGUUUCACUCGCAGAAACAGCCGCCCUUCAAAGCCGUGUACCGGGCCAUGCAAGAGUAUCAGCUGAAGACGGACCCGUACGACGAGCUGCUCAUACCGAUGAGGAAUUACCUGGCGAUGGAGGACAAGUCGAACUGCGGCCGCGUUUCAAAAGUGUUCAUCAUCCAGCCGGAACUGCAUCUGGCUGCUCGUAACUUUUAAAACGUCUUUCACGUUUAUAUCGAAAUUACGUAUGCUCACGUGCGCGAACUUUUUAUCUUUAUAUCCCUUUAUAAAACUUUUUUAGAUGCUCGUUUUGUUAAUUGAUACGGAUAUAUUGAAACAAUAACGAAUAGGGUAUAAGAAUUUGUACGUACUUUUGGCUGUAAACGUAAUAUUAUCUGCGCUCUUCCCGUCUCGGAAUUCUCAAGAUUUUAGAUUCUAAAAAUACUUAACUACAUAAAUACUUAUGUAUACAUACUUACGUACGUGUCUUAACACAUUAUGGACUGGUGUACUUGAGAAAAGUAACGAUAAAGCAUAGGAGAUGUAUAUAAGCACCCUGCUUAAUUAUAUAAGCAUUUGAACACAAGAUCGUGUACCGUUAAAACAUAUUACGUAAGAAAAGAACGUGUGUAAAUUGCAGUUAACGUUAUUUGAUUAUCUACGUUCACGGGAACUGUACGAAUUUACUGCGGCUUGUCCACAAUGUGUUAAGUCCAAAAGAGCCUAGAGACUCGAGAUUUUGCGCGCAAAUUAGAGAGAAAGAAAGAGAGAGAAAGAAAAAGAGAGUAUAAACGUGUUAUUUCCAAGCGAUUCCAUAUAGACUGAACUUUUUCUAUAGUGCAUUUGAGUUUUUUUGUUGACAAGUGCGCUAUGUUGUUACUGUUUGUACUGUGGUGCGAUGCGAGGAAUAUGUUGUUAUACAUUUGUAUUCGAUACCUUUGGACAAUACUCGAGCGGUGCUGGACGAUCGGCGCUUAUCUUUGGAAUACUCAGCCCUUGGGCAAAAUAUUAUCUCUCGCUGUAUUAAAUACAUUUAACGAGAGCUAUCAUCUGUUUAAGACUUCCAAGAUAUAUUAAUAUAAUGAUAGAGAGUAUGAAACUUGAAAGAGGAAAUGUCAGGUCCAUUAUCAGGAGUAAUUUUUGCUUCCGUAGUUCAGACGGACCUUACACGUGUGUGCAAUCUAUCGAAGAUAAGCUCUGAUCGGGACUAUUUUGAAAGAGACUCACGCCCAAUUUCGAAAAGCUUUCUAAAGUCGGAGAAAACGAUCUGUCUCUCUAUAACGAAAAAUAUUAGACUGUGCUAUUUUCGAAAUAAGCGUAUCUCACAUUUUUAACAGGACAGUAAUUGGUAAGGUUGAGUAUAUGAAUUGUAGUAUUACGCGUAUAAUGAAUUUAUAAAAAUUCCGGCGAGAGUGUGUUCAUAACUUUUACAAUUUUUCUCACGACUUUUUACGAUACUGUUUUGUACGAUACGCAUUUUGCAUCGUUCAACGACCCGGCGGUACGAUGUCAUUUGUGAUACUUUUUUCCAUAGGUAUUGUACAAUAAAGCUUGAAUAAAGGAUUUAUCUAAAUAUAUGAAAUGAA